GUGCCAGCUACACAAAUAUUAUUUGUUCUCUCUUUCUCUUUCUUUCUCUGUGAUGAUUCAAAGAUGUAUUCGUUCUCAAAAGUAAUGGGAGCAGUAGCUCUAUUCCUGUGUCUUUUAUCUGUUGCAGACUCACAAUUACAGUUUUUUGAUUGGGGUACUGGUGAAUUGGUUACUGGUGGUAUAUACAAAAUAAAUCAAGGAUACAAUCUGUCAUUAGUAUGCUUUUACAAUGGUAAACCUGGUGGCCCUACAAUAACAUGGUUUAGAAACCAAAUUCAAGUUCUAGAUAAUAUGAAUUUUAUAGCAUCAAGUAUUACAAAUACCAGCAAACUCAGUGAAGGUGUAUCUAUAGAAGACUUUAGACAACUCUUCCAAUCAAGUAACUCAAUCUCCUCUUUGAUGUCAAGUUAUGUGAAUGGGUCUGAUAUCAUACUUCCCGAUUCUUCUAUUGGUGGGCACUAUACCUGUGAAGAUGGAGACAACUUGCUAAACCUUACUAUUGUUGUGUCAAGUCCUAGUGGAUCUUUUUCUGAGUUUUAUGUCAGGAUGACUGGUUUAAUUUUUAGUGCAAGCUCUGUGAAUAAUAAGGAUUAUGAUUUAGCAGUCUUUGAGUCAAGACUAUUUACUAAUGCUGUUAUUGCUGGUUUAAAUGCAUCAGAUGAUCCAAUCAGGACUAUAUCUUGUUCCUUUGUUCCACUUACUGCACAGCAUUUUGGUAAUCAGUCAUUGGAUCGCAUUGAGUGUAAUGUAAGAGAGUAUCCACCAAAUAAGCAGUUGAUGUUGAAUGUGGCACAAAAUAUUUAUGAAACCAUUAACCUGUUAGUUUCUGAGGAUUUUCAAGAGCUUCAAAUUUCAGAAUUCGGGUUUUGUAAUGAGAGCUAUACUACAUCAUCAGUGUAUGGUAAUAAUACCUGGCCUGAGAUAGCCUUGACUAGUAGAAGGACUAGUUCUUCUGUUUCACGUUCUUGUAAUUUUGGUUGUGGUUUUGUUACUCGAAUUUGUCGUGUUACUGGUUGGGAUACUCCUGACUAUAGUCGAUGUGGAGUAUCUGCAGAAACCGUUUCAAUUUUUGACAUUAACGGUGCAUUUGUCAGAGAUUUUUAUACAAUAAAUCAAGGAUAUUUUUUUUUAUUGUUCUGUGGAAUAUUUUGCAAAACAGGAGAAGAGUUCAAGUGGUUUGAUUCAAAUGGAAAUGAAGUUCAAAAAUUAACUGAGUUCAUUAACUCAAGUUUCACAUUAGUAAAUGAUGGAAUAAGACUCCUUAAUGAAGAACUCUCCAUUUCUGAUUUUAAGGGACUCUAUUCACAGCAAUUCAUUGGUAGAACAUAUUUAAUAAGUUACAUUGACUUGAGACGAGAGAGUGAGCUUAUACUACCUGGUAUAAGUAUUUCUGGAUCAUACACAUGCAGAUCUUCAUCUGGGAAUUACUCUCAAACAGUUUCAGUCAGUACUAAAAAUCCCAGUGGCCCAUUUACUCAAUUUUUUUUCAGAUUCACUGCUUUCUUUAUUAAUAUAAGUUUAACAGAUGUUGAGGAUAAAGAUUAUAAACUAGAAGUCUUAGAAGCGAACAUAUUUAAUGAAGCUGUUGUUGAUAGUUUCAAUGCAACAAUAAAUCCAAUUAGGAAAAUAUAUUGUCACUUUGUUCCACUAAUGGAGGAGGAUGUUACUGGUGAUCGUGUAGAAUGUGAUGUGAGGGAGUAUCCACCAAACAGUUCAUUUGUGGCCAUUGUUUGGCAAAACAUAAGUACCUUUAUAUCAGAUACUGAUAAUAAUGCAUUUCAAUCUAUUGUAAUGUCAGUCACUGGGUUUUGCAGUCAAAGCCAAACUGAGUCACUAGAUUUUGGUGUUCACACAUGGUCAGAGUCAGUUGGUAAUACUAUACUUGCAUUGCCUUGUGGUAACCAUCCUAUGAUAAAUGUCACUCGAAUGUGUCAGACUAAUGGAGUUGGUUGGGAAAAUCCUGAUUAUAGUCAAUGUGAAACUAAUACUUGUGAAAAUGACACUAUUGUAACAAAUCGUGGUACAUUUCAAUGGCCAGUAACACCAGUUGAAUCAUUAGCUUUUCUUACUUGUCCUCAUGGUCCUAUUGGAGCUAGAGCUAUUAGACAGUGUAGAAGGAAUGGUGCCUGGGACACUCAUGAUAUAUCAAACUGUGCUGAUCCUAGGAUUACUGCUGAAUUUGCUAGCAUAGCUGAUACUAAUGUAACUCUUGAGAAUGUUGUACAAAUUGUUCAGAAUCUUUCGAAUAUUGUGAUGUUAGCAAGUCAGCCUGGUGAUCAAAAUGAAAAUAACCUACGCAAUGUAUCAUCACUCCUUAUUCAAACUGCUAAUUUAUUCUCUAGUCCUAAUGUAAUCAUAAUGCUAUCUACUGAAGAUGUUUCUAUGGUAUGA